GCCCAGGCGGGCAGAUAAAUAUACGAGCAACGACCGAGCUAUUCCUGUCACCUCUUGCAGCCGCAGGGCAAUUAUACGACACGCACACGCAGUCUCUCGAUGUCCCAGCGCUCUGUCUGAAUCAACGCUACCCCCUGGCCCGUUCUGCAACGUUCUUGAUCAUAUCACAUAUCACAUUCUGCCACGAUCUGGUGCGACCUGAAAUCUGUGUCCAGCAAGUUGGGGCCCCUCCCCUGCCUGUGCGUGCGCGUGCUGUUCCCGCCUGCGUGUCUCCUGGAACUGCCCGUCACCGUCUUGUUUCUGCCGUCGUGCGUCGUGCGUCCUGCAACAACAAGGGCGCUCCUCUCUACCCUGAUCGGGCAAUCCACGCGACCUUUGAGUGGAUAGAGCCAGGAAAAAGCAACUCGCUCCAGCCAUGGGAAACACGAGGCCUCUGGUGGUGGGACCGGCGGCCGGGCCGGAAUCUCCAUUCCCUCUGCAGAUGGAGGGAAAGGUCAUCAAGGGCUUCGGCCGGGGCUCCAAGGAGCUGGGCAUACCGACGGCCAACCUCCCGGUCGACGCCACCGUGACCCCCUGGAUAUCCGAUGCCAGAUCCGGAGUCUACUUCGGCUGGGCUGCUCUCCAGCUGGGGAAGGACCAUCCAAACUACAGGCCCUCGGAUUCCUCCUCGUCGUCCGCGGGCGAGGGCAAGGACAAGGGCGACUACUCCAUCUUCCCAAUGGUCAUGUCGAUCGGGUACAACCCCUUCUACAACAACACAGUGCGCAGCGCCGAGGUGCACGUGCUGGACAAGUUCGCCGCCGAUUUCUACGGUGUCGACAUGCGUCUGCUGAUCACGGGUUACAUCCGCGACGAGAAGAACUACGAGGGCCUCGAGGCCCUGAUCGAGGACAUCAACACCGACUGUGAGGUCGCCAGGAGGAGUCUCGAGCGGGACGCGUGGAAGCCCGUUGGUCAGCAGGCCGGGACGCUGGACGCCUCGUGGCUCACUCGAUAGACGGGCUGUUCCUUUUUGUUGUAGAGAGAUGACACAUUUAUUCGGGCUUAGAUUUGGUAGACACGGGCGGAUAGAUCUAGGAUGGGGAAUGUCUGAUGAAAAUCCAUGACCAUGA